UACAAAGCCCAACAGGAAACAGAAGAGGAAGAAAAGGAGGCGGAAUAAUGGCGGAAUAACAUCCCUUAUUACAAAAACAACAUUUAAGCUUUUAAAAUCCUCACAUUUUAUUAAACUACGCGCAGAUUGCCUACAAUGGGCAGCAAGACGAGCGACUCGUUCCACGUCCAGUUGGCGUCUAUAGUAGAAGUGCUGGCCAACACGGCCGUGGCUGAGAUCUGCAAACUUGUAGACGAUGGCUAUGCGAUGCUGCAUCUUGAAAUCUCACAGAGCCAGAGAGAGAUCGACAACCUUCGACGCAAACUGCUGUUGGCCAAACUCCAGAGUUCCCGACGGAACCACGUGGUGGACCGACCUGGCGCGCUGCGACGCGCGUCUCCUCGCGUGUCCGUCAGGUCGAGAAGUGUCAACCCCGUGGAGUAUUUCAGAGCAAAAGGCAAACAGCCGCUGUCAGUGACGGAAGGCGUGGAAGAUGAUCCAGUCAUUAUUAAGGUGGAAGGCAGAGCGCAGGACGCCGUCGGACCCUCUACGCACACGCCAGCGCCCCCGGCCUCGGCACUCCCGGGACCCCCAAGUGGAUCCCCCCCGGUCGCCGCGGGCAACCAGACCCCAGACCGGACCCACUCCUCCCGGGACCAGGCCUGCUACUGGGAGAGCUACCCGGCCCCCCCAGUGUCCCUUGGCGACAGCGCGGUCAACCCGGCGACGGGGGGAGACGGUGGGGACUGGGCCGGGGCCGCCCUGGGGAGCUGGGGGAUGAGGUGUCUGGCCUCGAGGUGGGGGGCGCUGGGGGGCGGAGCCCGUUCCCGUCAAAGAGGAGGUGGAGGCCAGGGAGUCGUGGCUCACUGGGGAGGGGCUCAGUGGAGAGGAGGGAGGAGGGGAGGGGGAGAUGGACGCUGCAGGAGCCAAUGGGAGCGCUCUGUUUAGGACGUUUGACCUGGAGGGCGGAGGAAGAUCAAAGUUCUCCUCGGGGAACUUCAAAACAUUCAUGGGACGCUCCUCCAUCGUUAGCGAACCGCGCAUCGAACAGCCGUCAGCACCUCCUCCCCUCCUCCUCCUCCUCCUCCUUCCCCAGCCGGGCCCCCCUGCCCCUGGGCCCAGGGGGAGAGCCACUGUUCCGCUGCGACGUCUGCGGGAAGUCCUUCACCAAGUUCCCGUCCCUGCGGAGGCACGAGCGCGUCCACACGGGGGAGAAGCCCUUCUCCUGCCGGCACUGCGCCAAGCGCUUCUCCCACAGCCACCAGCUGAAGAACCACGAGCGCACCCACACCGGAGAGAAGCCCUUCCGUUGCGAUGUCUGCGGCCGCUGCUUCGCCCAGUCCAACCACAUGAAGAGGCACCUGCGCACGCACGCCGCACCCAACGGGAUCCAAACCGCCGACCCGCUGGGCCGGUAGCCGGGACGCCGCAUUCGUCUCUGAACAUUUGACAAGGAGGGUUUCUCCCCCGUCCUAGCAUCCAGGUGAAAGUGGGAACGUUCUGUGAACUCCUGAUCUCCGAGGCUCUGCUUGUGGGUGAGGUGGGAAGCGGGCAUAUUUUUUUUAUGUGUUAUUAAAGUCAAAACUGUGUAUUAAAAUCACUUGGGUGAAUUGUGUCAGCAUUGUGUGAUUUAUUAAGCGAGGUUUACAUAUGAAGUUAAAGUUGCUGUAGGUAAGAUUUGAGAGUUGUAAAGAGAGAGAGGAAGAUGAGGUUUGGAAACUGAACAACCACAGCAUCUCCUCCCUCCCUUUAAUUCGGCCCGUGUUGCGUUCACACACCUCAACGUUGUGCGGGGCGUGAUUGACAGAGAAGACGGAUUCCCCGGAUGAGUUGAAAUCCCGAUUCUAUCUUGCAGAGGCCAUUGCAGUCAAAGAGGAACAAAUAUUAUCAAAGUAUUUCGUUGCCGAACAGCUGAUCGAUGGCUGUGGCAUUUCUAACAAAUUGUAUGAAAAUAAUAUAUAUCAAUAUCUGACCUACAGCACUUAAAGUAAGACUAUAUUGUGGUGUGAAAUGUUUUGGGAUGAAUUUAUAAUAUACAUAAUAUUGACAGGUUACUAAUAAAAUCAAUACUCUUAAUGA